UUUCAGUUCUAGGGUUUUGAGAACCAACCUCCAUCAGAGAGAGAGAGAGAGAGAGAGAGAGAGAGAGAGAGAGGUUCAGCCCGUCAGCAGCAGCAGCAGCGCCACCAUGGUUCUCAAGACUGAGCUAUGCCGUUUCAGUGGUGCCAAGAUAUACCCAGGAAGGGGUAUUAGAUUCAUCCGUUCAGAUUCUCAGGUUUUCCUAUUUGCAAAUUCAAAGUGCAAGAGGUAUUUCCAUAACCGUCUGAAACCAUCCAAGCUUACCUGGACAGCAAUGUACAGGAAACAACACAAGAAGGACAUUGCUGCUGAGGCAGUUAAAAAGAGGCGUAGAACCACAAAGAAGCCUUAUUCAAGGUCCAUUGUUGGUGUAACCUUAGAAGUUAUACAGAAGAGAAGAGCUGAAAAGCCAGAGAUUAGAGAUGCAGCCCGAGAAGCAGCUUUGAGGGAAAUCAAAGAGAGGAUCAAGAAAACUAAGGAUGAGAAGAAGGCGAAGAAAUCUGAAACGAUUGCUAAGUCUCAGAAGGUUAAGGUUAACAACCCCAAGGGUGCUGCACCUAAGGGCCAGAAGUUGGGAGGUGGCGGUGGGAAGCGGUAAUUUGUUUUGUUUUUUUGGUUUGUUUGCACCUGUUUGAAAUUUAGAAUCCGUUGUUUCCUAUUUUGAUACAUUCUGAGACAUCAUAUGAGUAUUGAGGUUAAAUUUUUUGUUGAAAUUACUGGCAAUUUUAUUACUUUUAUACUUUUGUGUUAAA